CGGUGAUCCUUGAAAAAAAUGGCUUUAUGGAAUCGAGUGCUAUCCGGAUUCGACGCUGACGAUGAAACCAUUAAUUUCGGCGCACGGAUAAUCACGGAAAACAAUGGUUCGCUAUACGAAGCGUGUACCGUAGCAACGAUUCAAUCUCGCGAAAAGGUUGAUCAAAAACCAAGUGUUUUAGCAUCUCUUCAAUAUUCUAAACUUUGUAUAGCAAUUGAUAAAUCUAUUACAAUAUUUGAAGAUGAGAUGUGCAAUAAAAUAUUAUUCAAUAUUAAUUUUCCUUCCAUGAUAGUCCGUUAUUGCAUUUCCAAAGACGGUUCCUUUUUAUUUGUGGUACUUGCUACUAGAAUUUUAUAUUGUUUGCAUUUAUCAGAUGGAAAAAAAAUUUUUACAAAACCUAUACCUGAUGAUAAUCAGGAUAAUGUAAUACAGAUAUUUGUGAAAGCGCAAAGUGAAGAAGCCCUUAUAAUUCUUGUUAUGGAUACUGGAGUUAUUUACAGCUUCUCCAAGUUUUAUCCCAAAACUUUAGAAAUUGCAUUAACUAAUGAUGAUAAAGCUAUGAUUGCAGAACAUAUAACAAAUAUUCAAUGCUCUCAGCUAUUCAAGGGACUUACAUCUGAAAAGUUUCUUAAUGCUACGAUAAAUGAAUUGUCAGACAAAUUAUCAAUAACUAUGGUUGGAAUAAAUUCGAUAUUUAUCUGGCCUAACGAACAGUACAAUAACUUUUAUAAUGUAUUUUCAUUUGGAUAUAAAAAGAUACAAUUAUUAUAUAACAGCAAUAAAAUGCUUUGUCUGCGUACAGAUUAUACAUUAAGUAUUGUAUGUCCAGACACAUUACUUGGGUUGAAAAUAUAUGAUGGCCCAGUGUUUGACUUUACAGUAAUACAACACAAUAAUGUCAAUCAUUGCGAAAUUUUAUUUUUAACACAAUCUAAACAGAAUCCCGCUAUGUAUGUAUUACGUCUUAUUUCUUAUCCAGAUUUUGAACAGAGAUUGGAAAUUACUGUUCCUACUACUAUUUAUUUAUUGGAAGUUUUAUAUGCUUCUAAUAAUAUAUUUUAUAUAGAAGGUAUUUCUACUGAUAAUGAAGUUAUUAAUGAAUUUAGAGUGAAAACGAUAUUGGAAAGUAUUCCUGAAAUGCGUUUAGCGAGAUUAUUAAGAAAAAAGCAAUUUGAUGCAGCUGAAGUUUUUGCAGAAAAAUCAGGUCUUUCCUUAGAAUCUAUUUAUUGUUCUAAAGCAGCAUCAUUUAUAGAACAAUUUGGUUUCUGGGCAAAAUCUACUCCUGAUUUAAUUAGCAUAGAGGCACUAAUAAAUAUUCUAGAUAAAAUACAAAAUGUGCAAUAUGUGACUGAAUGUUGUAGCAAACUUCUUAUUUCUGACUAUAUACAAAUGAGACAAAUAUAUUUAUAUGCUCGACAAAGGAUAGUGCAAAAUAUGAAGAAUGAAAAUAUGAAUGAUUCAUUAAAUACCAAUUUGUCUUUGAUAAACGAUAGUUUAUAUAGACUUGAGACUUUCCAGAUGAUCCAAUAUACUGGAGAAAAUACAUUAUUAAAUUAUGGUACAGAUAUGAAAGAAUGGAUACGAUUUUUGCAAGCAAAUUUAUUAGAGGAAUGUACUACUUAUUUAUGCAUGGGUCAUUUAAAAUCUGCUACUUUAAUUUGGACGAGACAUUUUCCUGAUAUAAUGAAACAUGUAUCUAGGAAAACUGUACAAAAUAUUUUUGCGACCUUACCUGAAGAUAUAUCUCCAUCAUGUUUAUGGCCAUGGCUUACUCAUUUUAUACCUACGUUAUUAUCUUUACUACCCGAUGCAAUAGAUGAAAUUAUAUCUUGGGGUUUAAAGAAAUUAAAACAUCUUGAAGUAUCUUAUUGUACAUGGCCAGAAAUCGGUACAGACUUUGCUAAGAAGUUUAUAAAGUUGCUUAAAUUUGAAGAUGGUCAACAAUCUAUAUAUUUUCACCAAGAAUACAGAUAUCAGAAUUCUCUAUUGAAGCAGUUUACGUGUUUGCUUCAAGCUUUAUCCGAUAUUCAACAAUUGAAGAAUGUUUACAGAUUGAGAGUACCUCUUGAUAUAUACAUUGACUUACCUAUAGAAGCAAUGCAUAUGUUAUUAGAUAAAAUACAACUUGACCAAAUCUCAGAUUUUGUAAAUACAUUUCUUAAACAAUAUGUACUUAAUAAUAAUUUACAAAACGAUGCUGUUCUCUGUACAUAUAUACAGAAAACCAUAAAGAAUGCAAAUAGUUGGUGGUUCAAUGAAGAAGCUGCAUGGGAGAAAAGAGUUACUAUCAUAAUAGACUUUAUACAUAAUAUAGAAGAUCGAUUGAAGCAAACUUUGGCAGUUUUAAGAAGAGCACCAGUACCCUGGAGCUCAACUAUGAUCAGUUUAUCAGAAACAAGCAGUAACUUUGAUCAUGAGUUAUCUUUUGAAAUUAAAAUUGAAUGUGAAUAUGUUCCGAUAAAACUCGUCUUAAAAAAGUAUGGAUAUGCAACAAUUGGCGUAAAUAAUAAAUUAAUAUCACGGAUAAUAAAAGAAAAUCGUGACUCUGUUAUUAAUGAUAUAGAUAUACUAACUAAAAAAGAUCAGCAAUUAAGACAAGAUGCAUUUUGUCGAUACAUAAGUUUUCAAUUAAAUAUAGGAAAUUUGCAGAAAAUAAUGGAUGCAGUAUAUUUCUUAGAAAAUAAUAUCACUGAUGUUUUAUAUUGCUAUGAAGGGAUUAUUAAUUACAUUGUUGCAGUUUCUUCUUUUCAGAAUGUGGCAACAUCUUUGACUUGUCACAUGAAAAUAUUGGGUUGUUUAGAAUUCAAAAUACAUGAUUUAUUAGCACAAUCAAAUAUUUGUCCUUUUCGUUAUAACAAUAUCAUCAAAAUGAUAAAGGAUUUAAAAUCAUUGUAUAUAUUAAAGGAAAAUUAUAAAAUUGAUAUUUUAUUGAAGGAUUAUCAUAUGCAGAAGACAAUUAUACUACAGAACUAUAUCACAAAAUUGCUUUCAAGUACAGAGGAGAAUGAUUUAUCGAUAAUACACAGAAAAGUUGUUAAAGUUGCUGAAUUGUUAGGAUUAGAAAAAUUGUAUGCAACUUUAUCUUUAUUAGAACGGACAAAAAAUGUAAAUGUAUUGCUACAAUUUGUUGGUCAUGAUGAUGAUUUAAAUGUAUUGGAUAAAUUUAAAUAUAUAUAUAAAAUAUGCUUAUUAGCAUUACAACAUGCUGCUGUAAAUACAGAUACUGUAAAAGUUAUCAAAAACUUAAGUGCUUCAAUAUUAAAUAUUUGUCAAGACAGUGACUUAGAAUCUGCAGUAAUAUUAUAUACUUGUAUCAGUGUAUGUCCAAGUCUUUUUAUUCAAUAUUGUUCUAAUAUAAAACAAGAAAUUGGGCCACAUUCUGGUUGGAAAUUAUAUACAAUAUAUAAAUCUCAGGCAAUAUCUUUAGAUGAAAGAUUAUUGUUUCUAUUCAAUGAUACAAUGUCUCUUCAUGAUUACUUAUAUUGUUCGAAUCAAGUUGAUAAUAAUGAAAUUACAAAUUACAAUGAGCAAAUGGAUCAAUUAUUAAAUAACUUUUUGGAAAAUGUAAAAAAGAUGCAACAUCAACAUAACGAUUACUCUUUAUUGCAAAUUUUCAAGACAUUUUUUUUUAUGUACUGUAGCAUAUCAGUAAAAAACGAAACUAUAUUAAUGGAAAUGAAAUCUCUAUUAUCGCAAUUAUUGAUGAAUUUACUAAAAAAGCUAUGUAUUGAACGAUCGUUUGAUCUUCAGUUAGGACUAUCUUGUCUCUUUAUGUUAUCUGAAUUGGAGGCGUGCUCCUGGCUUUCUACAACUUGCACAUUUUUUUUUCAAUCUGAUCAUAUUCGGCAUUGUACGAUUUCAACUCUGGGAUAUGAAUAUUCGCGCUUGGGACAAAAUCAAUCGUUAAUACAGAUGUUUGAGGAUUACAAGUUACUACAUAUCUGGGCAAAACAAUUGUCACAUUAUUCAAUAGCUUAUAAAGAUGUUUUAAUAAAUGAUGCUUCAAGCAAAAGAGAAAUUUUAAUGCAGAUUGUGAAUAAUAAUGCAGAUUGUAAUAGGGAAAACAUAAUUCCCUUACUAAAAGACUAUUGCUGUAGCUUUGGUUUUAAUUUCAAUGAUUGUCUUUUACUUUACUUGCAAAUAUUGUUAAAAACAUGGAAUCCAACAAUAAUCAUUUCAAAUAAGAAUAUAGAUAAAGAAUUACUUAUUUGUAAAAACGAAGUAGAUGAAUUAAGAAAGAAAUGUAACAAAAUUGUUGCCGAAUUAAAAGAUGAAUUUAUGUUAAAGCAAUGCAUCUCUACAUUAUGGGAACAGAUUACUUUUUAUCAUUAUGAAGUGUUUAUCAUACUAAUGGAUCUCGUAGGAGAUAAAGAUAUGAAAAAGAGGAAUUAUCUCUAUUUUUUGCAAAAUUACAUUCGGAAUGGGUCACCUACUCAAAUAGAACAUGAUGAAUGGAUACAGCUUAAUCCAGGACAUAGCACAUUACCGCCAAUAGCCCAAUGGAGACUUCCAUUUUUGCUUAAAAUCGACAUUUGGAAAAUUAUUACUCCUGAAUUGAACUUAAGAACGUACGAUAAAUGGCUUGAUAUUGCACCCAUACUUAAAUUAGAAACGCAUCUCAUAUGUACAUUAGCUAUUAAGGGUGAAGUGAUUCGUGUGUGGAAAAAUGAUUCUACUAAAUCGGAAAAAGCUACAUGGUCUCUUUACUCGAAGAAUACAACACUGCUCAAAGAUAUAAAGAAAUGUAUACAACGCAUUACUGAUUCAGAUGGAUUUUAUUACGGCACUGCGGCAUUAUAUUAUGUUUUAAAUCAUACCCCUCCUGGUGCCGAUUGCGUUGCUGCCGCGAAAGAAUGUUAUGAAUAUGCUCAAUUGGCGGCGCAAAAUUCUACUAAAUUUAAGAAAGAAAUGUUGGAGAAAAUUAAAUACAAAUAUUUGAGAUUCACGUCCGAGCAUAUUUUACGUACAUAUGGAUUAGAAAAGGAUAAAUAUCUUGCUUUGAUCGAAAACCCAUGCAAACUGGUACACGAAUUAUAUAAUGAUGAAAGCAUACCGUUACGAUAUCGAAUUACAACCAAUCACAGACCCGAUAUUAAUGCUGCAGUCAAUGAACUUGGCAAACUAUUUUCAUUGAAUAUAAUAAAAUUGCGCCUAGACUUAUUGCAAGAAUGGUUACAAUCCGAUGUUAGAUAUACUGAGUUAUGCCAAAGUUUUACGGAGACAAUGUUUCUAACAUUGAAAGAAUCUGAUAAGAACACAGAUUAUGAAGACAAUUUAUUUAGGACAUGUUAUAUGCUUGAAUAUGGAGAUGUGGAAUUGUUUGCACAAUUUCUUAUAAAUAUAGGCUUUGGCGAUCAAUGCGGUCAGACUGAAUACAAUUAUAACAUACAAUAUCGAGCAUUACGAGUUUUACAGAAUAUUGUUGAUACUACUACUUUAGAGGAGUUAACUAAACAAGACAUAUGUACCUUUAGAAAGUAUAUAAAAUCAUUACAAUAUGUUAGUCAAUUAGAAUCUUUGGGAUUAUGUUAUAGCGUUAAUUCGUUUGAAACAUGUUCUAAACAAGAGCUUGUUCAAAUAUUGUUGAAAAAUCAGCGCCAUUCAUCUUAUGCUCUCUCUAUUAUAGCACAGAUUUGCAUCGAAUUUAAGAUACAUGACAUUUUACUUUGGGAUGAUAUUUUGAGUCACAUGACAAAGUUACGAAUGGUGAACGAAUUGAAAAAAGUUUUAUUGCAAUCACGAAGCGAUAACGUCAUCAUAAAUUCUAAUGGCUACAAAAUGGGAUGGCAAUUGAUUAUCUCCGAACCAUUUAGAGAGAUCGAUGAAAAUCCGAAUCUGCAACAAAUUGACAGUUGCAUAGAGGCAAUCUGUCUAUUAUAUUCAUGUCCUGUAAUACAUGAAUUAAAUUUCAUCACUAUUGUGAGAAAUUGUUUCGAAUGUAAACAGGCAUCUUUGGCCGCGGCAUUCUUACCAUUUUUAGAUGAACCCGAAAAAAAAUUUGUUUUGGAGAUGAUUAAUCAAAAGUACCAAAUGACAGAACUCAUGGAAGAGUUAAAUCAUUUUUCUUCUAAAGGAAUACUUACGGUUGCACAUGUAAGUUGUAAUAUAUUUAUCACAACAUCACAUGUAUACAUAUAUUUUAUAUACUCUCAUUCUUCUCUCUUUUUUCUCCCCUUUCUCUCUUCUUCUCUCUCUCGGAACCGUUUUGAUUAAAUUUCAUUGACAGCUAUUCCCAGUGAUCAGUACUUGGAAUUUUUCCAUUGCACCAACCAAUCAGAAGAUCUUGCAUUGAAUUAAUCACAUGAGCAAUCGAGCCAUUCUUCUCUUUCUUUCCUUCUUUUUUUUUCCUUUUUCUUCUUUUCUUCUUUUCAUAGAUGUAGGAAGUAUUUCCUACAUCCUUUUCUUCUUUUACCUCUUUCUUUUCUCUCUCUCCCUUUCUACAAUAAAUAUAAAAUAAAAAAUACUAUUAAAAUACUAUUAAAAUUUAAUACACAUCUAGAAAAUAUUUUUCACUUUUAUAAACAUUAUUUUAUUCUUAUA